CUAGUAGUUACUUAGUCCUCCAUUCUCCUCACCCUGCUGCAAUUAAACACAUUCGUAAUUCAUAAGUUACCAGCCAGCUUCCGAUAUCAGUGUUUGGCUUCUGCAGCAAAAGGGCUAAAGACAGUGACGCAUAGAUAGAUAAACGUUCUACGUUCUGUGUGUUUGUUGUGUUUGUAGUGUUGUUUUUAAGCAGUUUUUUUUCGCAGUUUUUUUACUCGGACGAUCUCGUAAUUAGAAAGGAACGGAAUCUAGUCGUACAAUGAUACCUUCAUUGCCAGAAGCCAUCAGCGCUACACAUGUCGAAUAUCUUCCUUUGCCACCUGCUUGCUUGAGACCUAUCAUCGACGCAUCUAGGUCUAGAAAUCCACUGGAACCAAAUAACGCUCGACCAAUACCAGCGGAACAUUUCGGACAACGAGUAGUAACCAAAGAAGAAUUAGCCAAGAUACGAGCCCUAAGAGCAAUGCAACAAUUUAUUCCUAUCAAUAUAAGCGCAGUACCCAGAAGCGUUAGUUUAAGUUAUUUUAGAGGUAAUGAUUUACGUUACGCUCCUCAUGUAAGGGUACCCGCUGCCGAAUCUGUACAGAAUUCCUAAAUCAUAUAUUCGAGCACAAUCUAGUCACAUGACAUUGUACUGUGAGGAGAUCCAACCAACUGAAAACUUUCAAUGAUGUUUCGCGUCAGGUGAAUGAGAAUAAAGGUGUCAUAAAUCAGAACUGAUUCGUUGAUCCAUAAGUUAUACCAAAUAUUUUUUAUCUCAAUGUUAACGUCAUAGUGCCAAUAUUAGUUCUAGUCUCUUUUAAUUUUUAUUAUGUAUACUUUUUUAUUUGACGUCCCCGUUUUGCCUCCUUUGAGCGAAUUAUUGCUACGAAAAUUUCGUUAUUUGUUUUAUUAUGUAUUAUUAUUUUUUUAUAUUUGAAUUUGAGUUCGUUUAUAUCUACAUUAUAAUUAUAUUCUCGUAAAUCGAAUUUUAAUUAAAUACCGAAGACGAAAUCGAAACAAAUGUACGAAUUUAAUCAGCAUAAUUUCAUAGGUAGGUAUACUUAUAUUACUGUAUGAAAGGAUUGUCCAUCGGAUCGUUAUAAGUAUGUUUAUGUAGUUUGUAUAGAUUUAAAAUCUUGAAUAUGUUAUAUACCUAUGCGCAUUAAUAUAUAUUAAUUAAUCGUUCUUUUAA